AUUGUGUGUUGCAUAUCAAUCAAAAAGAAAUGGAACACAUGUGGGAACACGUGUGUAUUGGGUUACUGCAACUGUUAUUGUUUUCGUUCGCAAGAGAGUUUAUUAGUUUCGUGUUGCAAUAAUUCCCGACUUCGCGUUCCGUUUUCCGAUAUUAUUAAGCAUGUCACGUGCACUCGUUUUAUUUAAGCCAGCUUUACCCGGAGCCGAAGAUAAGUGCCAUACAACCACUUGUUGAAACCUGUCCCAUUAAAGUUAGAAAAUGCAGUCUGUGAGAAUUAGACAGGUCACUGUGCCUCUGAAGAUAAAAAGUGAUGUCAUUUUUAACAUAAAUCACACUCUGGAAAUAGCAGCACUUCAAAAACUAAUAAAAAAUGAGCUUCAGGUGGAUGUUGCCAAACAAAAAUUGUACUAUGGAGGAAAACAAUUGAUAUCUGACCAUUCAAUAGCAGACUACAAAAUUAAAAAUAAUGAUGUUAUUCAGUUAUUAGUGACAACUGACAAUACUGAAAAGAAAUCCACAAAGAUUGACUCUGAUGACGCUAGUGUAAGAGAUAGUGAUGUUAUAAAUACAACAAGUAAAUAUUACAAAAUUGGCGAUUUAGUUGAUGUUGUGUAUAAAGAAAUCGGUGCUUGGUUUGAGGCUAAAAUUGUUAGUAUUUAUACAGAAGUGACCACCAGUACUGAUGAAGAAGAUUUGUUAUUUCAAGUAGUUAUGGACAGAGACGAGCAGACAGCCCCGUUAAACGUUAAUUUUCAUGAUAUUCGACCAAGAGCAAAAUAUUUAUACCAAUUGUCAGAACUAAAACCAGAAAUGGUUGUUUUUGUCAAUUAUAACAUAAAUAAACCAAGAGAGACAGGAUACUGGUAUGAUUUUAAAAUAGGAGAGAUAAAUAUAAAAAAAUGUACUCUGGUUGGGACUCUGAUGCUAGGUGGAGACCUUGAGGACAUUAAUUGCACAGUCAAGUUCGCCAACGAGGUCAUGAAAAUUGAAAAGCCAACCUUGAUCUGUGAAAGGGGAAGUGAAACUAAAACAAUCCCUUUAAGAAAAUUGCCUCUUUAUUGCAAAAAAUGUAAAGAUGUUUCUGUAAAAGAUUGUAAAGAGUGCAGCUGUAACAUUUGCGGCAAAAAAAACUUCAUUGAUAAGUUAAUUAUAUGCGAUGAGUGUGAAUACACUUACCAUUUAUUUUGUCUUCAACCACCAUUGGAUGAUAUUCCAACAGAUCCAGAAUGGUAUUGUCCGGAUUGUAAAAAUGAUGAGAAUGAAAUUGUUAAACCAGGAGAAAAUUUGAAUAAAUUUCACAAUGGAAAUGAGACUAAAACACAAGUACGAACCUGUACACCAAAAAAUUCCUUUGGUCCCAUCCUGGGAAUACAAGUAGGUACUGUGUGGAACGACAAAUCUCAGAUAUUUGAGGCGGGUGUUCACACAAAUUCCGCGAGCAAUGUCUGUGGAGCGGAAGAAGGUGUUUACAGCAUUGUAUUAGAGAAUCCUCAUGAAGUAUUACAAGAUUGUGGAGACGAAUUCUACUACAACAUUUUUAGUCGUUCUACUAUGAAACCGCGAACGAUUACCACAAAAGUAUUUAUACAACACAUUACCAAAAUGGCCAAACAAUUAACUUCAAACUGCCACAAUUAUAAAAGAGAAAAUUGCAGUUUCGGCAAAGCUGAUAUCUGGGAACGCGGAAAACCAAUCAGGAUUGUCAGAAGUGACAAACUGAGGAACAUCUCAAAAUUUGCCCCUGAAAAUGGUUUUAGAUACGACGGAAUCUACAAAGUCGUGGAAUAUUUUCCACAUAUAGAUGCAACAGGAUGUAUUGUUUGGCGUUUUCUUAUGAAAAGAGAUGACCCGAAUCCAGUACCUUGGAAAAUUACAGAGCACAAGUUUGUUCCUAUCUCGAGAAUCGGAGAGGAUCAUGUACGUAAAAAACCGAAACUGGAAAAAUUCGAAAUAGGUGAAAAUGUAAUUAAAUUUAUUAAGGCCGAUGUUGUCAAUGAAAAAGUAUGGAACGAAUGUGUAGAAAUAACCGAGCUUGGAGAAGAAGCAUUUGUUAAAAAAGUGAAGGAGAUGUUUACUUGUGUUUGCUGUCACGAUAUAGUUCACAUGCCCAUCACAACACACUGUAAACAUAAUAUUUGUCAUGAAUGUCUGAAAAAAUGUUUUCAUUCUGAAAUUUAUUACUGCCCUUGUUGCCGACUUAAAGUGGAGAAGAAACUUUUAAGUAAAGUUAAUCACAAUCUCAGUGGCGCUUUGAGGCUCUUGUUUCCUGGAUACAGAUUUUUCUAAUGAAAUGUAUUUAUUUUGGUAUUAAUUUCCUUUAUUUUUACAGGUACUUAUUUUUUAUUAAAUAUAUUUAAAAUUGUAACGCAAUAAUAAAAACUAUAAAAAAAUG